CAUAAACUUUACCCCUCCAUCCUUCAUCCCAUCCACUUUUUUCUUCUUCACAACUCCCAUCAUAGAAAAGUAGUCCUACACCUGCGCUCCCUUCUUUUCUACUCCAUCGUCGAAAGUUACGUCUUCCUCUAUCCGAUUGAGCUACCAACAUUAUCGCAAUCAUGUCUGGUGCCGUCGCUGAUUUGGGCCUCAUUGGCUUGGCCGUCAUGGGCCAGAACUUGAUUCUGAACAUGGCCGACCACGGAUUCACCAUCUGCGCUUACAACCGAACCGUCUCCAAGGUUGACGUGUUCUUAGCAAACGAGGCCAAGGGCAAGUCUGUUGUUGGUGCUCACUCCAACGAGGAGUUCAUCUCGAAGCUAAAGAAGCCCCGCCGUGUCAUGCUGCUGGUACAAGCUGGCAAGGCCGUCGACGACUGGAUCGAGACUCUAUUACCUCUCCUAGAAAAGGGAGACAUCAUUAUUGAUGGUGGCAACUCUCACUUCCCGGACUCGAACCGACGAACCAAGUACCUGUCGGGUAAGGGUAUCCGAUUUGUCGGCUCCGGUGUUUCCGGUGGUGAGGAGGGUGCUCGAUACGGACCUUCUUUGAUGCCUGGUGGUAACGAGGAGGCAUGGCCUUACGUCAAGGACAUUUUCCAGAGCAUUUCCGCUAAGAGCGACAACGAACCUUGCUGCGAGUGGGUCGGUGACGAGGGUGCUGGCCACUACGUCAAGAUGGUGCACAACGGUAUCGAAUAUGGUGACAUGCAACUCAUCUGCGAGGCCUACGAUAUCAUGAAGCGCGGUCUUGGCUUGUCCAACAAGGAGAUCGGAGACGUCUUCACAAAGUGGAAUAAGGGUGUUUUGGACUCAUUCUUGAUCGAGAUCACCCGUGAUAUCAUGUACUUCAACGAUGACGACGGGACGCCACUGGUCGAGAAGAUCCUGGACCAGGCUGGUCAGAAGGGUACCGGCAAGUGGACUGCCAUCAAUGCCUUGGACCUUGGAAUGCCCGUUACCCUAAUUGCCGAGGCUGUAUUGGCUCGUUGCUUGUCUUCCAUCAAAGCCGAGCGAGUUAAGGCCUCUAAGAAGCUCGAGUAUGUUGGACGUACGAGUAGCUUCGAGGGCAGCAAGGAGCAAUUCCUUGAUGACCUCGAGCAAGCUCUGUACGCCUCUAAGAUUAUUUCAUAUGCCCAGGGUUUCAUGCUGAUGCAGGAGGCUGCGAAAGAGUUUAAGUGGAAGCUCAACAAGCCGUCGAUUGCCUUGAUGUGGAGAGGUGGCUGUAUCAUCCGCUCUGUCUUCCUAAAGGACAUUACUGCGGCUUACCGAAACAACCCUGACCUCGAGAACUUGUUGUUCGAUGACUUCUUCAACAAGGCCAUCCACAAGGCGCAACCCGGCUGGAGAGACGUUGUUGCCAAGGCUGCUGUCCUCGGCAUUCCGACACCCGCAUUCUCUACAGCUCUGUCGUGGUUUGAUGGAUACCGCACUCAGGAUCUACCUGCCAACCUGCUCCAGGCCCAGCGCGACUACUUUGGUGCCCACACUUUCCUAAUUAAGCCCGAGUUCGCCAACGAGAAGUACCCAGAGGGCAAGUACCACCACGUCAACUGGACUGGUCGGGGAGGAAACGUCUCUGCUUCCACCUACCAGGCAUAAACGAAGAAUUUCAUGUCAGGAAUAUGAACUGGUUUGUUUACCAUUGGUAAGUUGGUAAGAUCAGUAUGAGGGUUGGUCCCAUUCUCAAUAGAGGGAAAAGGAAUCUAGCAUGCUAUGACAUGAAAUAGCCACAAGGUUUAGAAGAAAAAAAUAUAAACUUGCAAAAUAAUGACAGAAGCCUAUGUGAAUGGACUUGUUAGAAGGAAGCAUGAGACGAUUGAUACUUUACUCUCAAGUUCCAACUACUGGGGAAUUAUUCACCGUGUCGCCGCAUGUCUUGC